GACCCCGUUGAGGGGACCUUUUCUCUCUAUAAAGACAAGAUGCAGCCCAACGGCCUUUGAAAUUAUUCACAGGAUUUAUUGCGAUCGUCUCUCCGUCACUCGCACUUUAAAGGGCACUCAAUGCUGGUUGAAUGCGACUGCAUGUGAACUGAAACGAAUUUGGGCAUUUCAUUUAGUCAGGCCACUUUCGACGCGGACACUUUUUUGAAUGACACGGGAUUACUUUCUGGAUAUAACAGUUUUUUAGUAUGAAUGCGUGUGCUUGAGCUGCUCUCCACCUGCACUGUGCCUCGUUCCUGAUAAACUCGUGCGUGGGUGCCUUUCCGCGCAGCUCGUGUUGCAGGUGCGGAAACACAGAGCGCGUGGACAGAUGGCUGCGCUGACGAUACAACGGACCGACAACUUUCUGCACACCUUUUUACAGGACCGGACACCCAGCUCGUCCCCAGAGGGAGCACCGAACGCCCUGUCCUUCCUGGCCACCACCUGUAGCCAGGCCUGGCAGGUGGGCGGCACGGUGGUGGGCGGCACAGUGGGCUCCGAGGGCUCCCAGUUCCCCUAUGAGGGCUCUGUGGGUGUCGGCUCAGCCUCUGGGAUGUUCCAGCUCUGGAGCAACGAGGUGGCCCCUAGUUCUGGCCUCAGUGCCUCCAGCCUCACGGCAGCCGCAGCCGCCCACCAGGCCGUGACCUUUGCCGUGCCCAAAGUCCAGUUCCCCGUGGGCCCCGGACACGGCCUGCAGUCCAGCCUGGGUCCCCAUCCUCACGCACACCACCACCACCACCAUCAUCACCACCACCACCACGAGCUGCCUCUAACGCCCCCGGCCGAGCCUCCGUCAGCCUAUUCCUUCGAGCUCUCCCCGGUCAAGGUGCUGUCCUCCCAGAGCCAGGGCCCCGCCGGGCCGUCCUACUACCCUCAGCACAAUCCAGCCUCGGUGGGCCAGAGCUUCUCCAGCUUCCUCCAGAACUCCUCUACCCGGCACCAUCUGUCCGGGGGCCACCACGUGGGAGAAGAGGGCCAACAGGGGUGGUGGAGCCUCCCCCAAGCCGGCGGCCACGGCAGCCCCAACAACCACCACCCCUUCUCCCUGGGUCGGCAGCUGGUCCUGGGCCACCAGCCCCAGAUCGCGGCCCUCCUCCAGGGCACCUCCAAGGGCCUUCUGUCCUCCACGCGCCGCUGCCGCCGCUGCAAGUGCCCCAACUGCCAGGCCAGCGGCGGGGGGCUCGAGUUCGGCAAGAAGAGGCUGCACAUCUGCCACAUCCCCGAGUGCGGCAAAGUGUACAAGAAGACGUCCCACCUGAAGGCUCACCUGCGCUGGCACGCCGGGGAGCGGCCGUUCGUCUGCAACUGGCUGUUCUGCGGGAAGAGCUUCACGCGCUCGGACGAGCUCCAGCGCCACCUCCGGACGCACACCGGGGAGAAGAGGUUCGGCUGCCAGCAGUGCGGGAAGAGGUUCAUGAGGAGCGACCAUCUCUCCAAACACGUCAAGACACACCAGAGCAGGAAGAGCCGAUCCAGUGGGAACACGUCGGACUCUCUGUUGGCCACCAUCAAGAGAGAGUAG